GACUUGGGCGUUGUACUCCGCAUCUCAUUUCUCCAUUUACAAACUCCACUCGGGGAAAAAUUGAAAGAAUUCGCGUUUCCUUUCGCUCCUUCGCUCCGGUUUUUUUUUUCCUCCAUCGCAAAGCGCUCGUUUUUUUCCUCGUCUGUUUGCGGUCGUUUUGAUUUCGGGCCGAUUCCUCGACUUCGCUCGCAGUCAGAAGGAGGCGUCGGCGUCUGGCUUGAGUUUUUUUGGGGGGAGGAAGCUUUGCGGUCUUUGUUCAUUCAUUUGAUCGGUUGGGUUCCUUUGUUGGAACAAAAGCAUGGGAGCACAAAUCUCCAAAACCGCUGGAAAAGAGGAGGCUGCGGUGGAAAAGCCCGCAGAAGGUGCGGCCGUGGCGGCCAAGGCGAACGGACAGGAGAAUGGCCAUGCCAAAACCAAUGGAGACACCUCUCCUGCUGCAGAAGAGGCCAACAAAGCUGACGUGCAGGCCAACGGGAGCACUCCGACCGAGGAGGCGCCCAAAGAAGAUGGUGAGAAAGCAGAGGGUGCCGAGGCCAACGGGGAGAAGGAGCCUGCCGCCACAAACGGAGAGGCUUCAGCCAAGCCAGAGGAAGGCACUCCGUCUACCAGCGACGACGGCAAGCAGAAGAAAAAGCGUUUCUCCUUCAAGAAACCCUCCUUCAAGCUGAGCGGCUUCUCUUUCAAGAAGACCAAGAAAGAAUCUGAAGAGGCAGCGGAGGAAGGAGCGGCAGCGGCCGGAGAGGCGGCGGCCGAAGACGCGCCGGCCGAAGGGGAGAAGGCGGCAUCGGAGGAGGCAGCCACCGAGGAGGCCAAGCCUGCGGAGGCUGCCGAGGAGGGGGCCAAGGAGGCUGCGGCCGAGGAGCCCAAAGCGGAGGAAGUGAAGGCAGAGGAGGCCGCGGGAGAGGAGAAACCAGCCGAAACUUCACCUACUGAGCCAGAGGCGGCGGCAGCAGCAGCCAGUCCAGAGGCCCCCGCCGAGUAAUCCUGCUGAGCGAGACACCGGAAUGAAGGAGACGAUGUAGCCCGUCUGAAGGAAUGCGAGAACUUGUCUAAAACCAGGGAUUUUGUUUGUUUUGUUUUGGUUUUUUUUUCUGUUAAUUUUUUUUUUUGUUGUUGUUUGUUUACUACUCUGCAACCAUCUCAUCCAUAAUGACUGCAGUGUCCCUGGCAGUGAUGGACAGGAGGUGUGGAGGAGAGUGUGCUGCUUCCUCACUGCUCGUUGGUGCUUGCAUUUGUGACCUGGGUGAGUGUGAAUGUGCGAAUGUGAGUGGGAAUGUUUUUUCUACAUGAAACCAUGAGUGUCAACACGUUGCUGAAUUUGACAUAUUUAAUCACAAAAAAAAAGUAUUUGGUGCUGGGCAAUUGGAUGUAGCAGCUAAAGCUGUGUCUGCAAGAUCUGACACAUUGUGAUAUUUAAA